AUGAACCAUGCUUCUAGGCGGCUGUCUACACAGCUGUGCCGACUGUCCGCCCCGGCAGCCCCAGCUCCAAUAACACUCGCUGCACCCAGUCCUUGGCGACCCAUACCUUGGCGUCUAGCUGCCGUUGAGACCCGAACACGUCCUUUCACCGGUACUGCGAUCUGGAGGAAGAAGGAUCUCGACGAGCCCGAGCGAAAAGCCAAGGAACUCAAUCAAAAGGGGCUGGACGACCACGAGAAAGAUGUGAAGCUUCGGCAGCACCAGGUCAAGCGGCCCUGGCUUCGCGAGAACGCCGACAAGCCUCCCGCAGACCAGCCGGCUCAGAACAAUCCCAUGGCCAAAGGGAAGCUCCUGACUACGCCCACGCGCCUGCUCAAGCUCAUCCUCCCACUGCCCCUGGCCAUCGAGAAAGACAAGGACAAUAACAGCAAGGAGUACGGGCGUUCCAUAUCUGUCAAUGACGACAUCCAACCGCUUGCGCUCCUCAUUCAUCCCCAACAGCCCCUCUCCUACGUCGAGCGUCUGAUCCAGGCCGAGCUCCCCCCAGUCCUCGAGGAUGGCAGGGAAAAGAUCCCCAAUAUCUACUUCCGUGCCGAGGAUACAACCACCGACAGGGCCAAGGAGAAGAAAGGUCCGUCCAGCCCGCACGUCGCUUCGUAUUCUGGCCUCGGUCAUGAAGCCGAGGAGGAUCGCAAGGACUCGGAAAAGAACUGGGUGCGCUGGAGCAGCAGCACCGAGAUGGGCGACUUUAUCCGUGACGCCGCGCGCGGCCGUGAAUUUGCCAUCGAGGUCGAGGGCUACCAUCUCGAGAUGCGAGUCGGCGUACCCAGCUUCAGUGACCGGACCUACUACAUGCGGCUGCGGCUGCGGCGCAUGAGCAAGGAGAUCGAGGAGCUGUCCAGGAUCAAGACCGAGUGCGACCUGCUCGCGCACAAGAGCGCGCACACGUUAGCCAAGGGUGGGUUUGCCAUGCUGUCGGCCUGGUGGGGGAUCGUUUACUAUGUGACCUUCCACACCGAGUUCGGAUGGGACCUCGUCGAGCCCAUCACCUACCUCGCAGGCCUGACGACCAUCAUGGGCGGCUACCUGUGGUUUCUCUACAUCAGCCGCGACCUGAGCUACAAGGCCGCCAUGAACAUCACCGUGUCCAGGCGCCAGAAUGCGCUGUACGAGAGCAGGGGCUUCGACCUGCACAAGUGGGAGAACCUGGUGCAGGAGGCCAAUGCCCUGCGCAAGGAGGUCAAGACGGUGGCCAGCGAGUACGACGUCGACUGGGACGAGACCAAGGAUCUGGGGGGAGAAGAAGUGAAAGAAGUGCUGGACAAGGAGAAGAAGAAGAACGGCCGGCACGAAGACGACGAAGAGGAGGCGGAGGAGGAAGAGAGAUCCAAGACGGAGAAGGACAAGGAGAAGGAAGAGGAGGAGCAGAAGAGCAAGGAGGAGAAGAAGGAGUCAGAAUGA